CCGCGUGUGCCCAAUCGCGCGGGCCGGCAGAGCUAUAGCUCAAACGACAAGCUUUUUGGUUUUUCUUUUGCGCUCUUCCUUUGUUGUGGCGAGGGCAAGCAUUGGGGAGAAAGGAGGCGCCGGCAUCUUCCUCGAUCGAUCCAUCGCAUUGCUAUCGGUUCUUGGCCCGCCCGAUCGAUCGCACAUCGAUCGGCUCCUGGUUCUAGGGGAUUGUGCGCGAAAUAUUUCGGGAUCGAAGGGCGGCAUUUCGAUUUCGCAGCGGUCGAUCGGCAGCUGGAUGAGAGAUGCCUUGCAUCGAUCCCUUAGGGCUUUGUGAUCUCUCGCAUGCAUUCCGGGCUCCAGUGAAGAUCCAGUCUUUGCAUCCUCCUUUCCCCUUCUUCUUCUUGUCACGGCUGGAGCAAUGGAGAGAUUUCAGCUCCUUCCGCUAAAUCGAGUCAAGGUCAUGGAUGUGAGCAGUUCACAGGAAAGCUCAGACGAAGAGUCUCAGCGAGAAAUCGUGCUCGUCGCGGUUGACGCGAGCAAGAAGAUGACCGACUAUGCUCUAAACUGGGCUCUAGCAAAUCUCGUGGUUCAUCCAGGCGAUAGGAUCGUGUUCCAGGCGAUUGCGCCCGCCAGCAGCACUAGCAAUUCCUCAGAUUCUGUUUGGAAGAGCUGGGGAUUUCCUGCGCUUGGUGGAGAAUGCGCAGCAGCAGCGGCUGCGUCGCUCAAAGCCACUAGGAAGGAAGAGCUCGAAGAAAUUCGGAACAAAUGCUCCAUGGUGAUGGAGAAGCUCCGAAAAAUCCACGAUCUUAAAAAGGUGCAUACGACACUAGAAAUCCUCCAGUUUGCUCGUAGAGGAGUCAUUCCAUCGGAGGCCAAGAGAUUCCGGGCAACUUGGGUGGUGCUUGAUAGGAAUCUAAAGAGCGAGGGUAAGCUUUGCCUGCAAGAGCUUAACAGCAAUAUCGUCGUUGUGCAUCGCAGCAAUCCAAAAAUCCUGAGGCUGAAUCUCAAAAGACGUGAUUUGCCGUACGAUGAAGAAGAAUCCAUCGACUCGUCAUCCGUUCUUCUGAAUGGACUGAGCCUGUCUGUGAUGCCCAAGGGCUUCGAUCAGCUGUACUGGGAGAGCUCGACAUCCAGCUCAGAGGCCAGUAGCCCGGAUUCACGACUUGUGACGGCACCGAAAUUCGAGCUUUCAGUUUUAGAAGAGUUGCUGAAAAAUGAAACCCGUAGAAAAGGUCCGCCAUCAGAAGUGCUGAACAGCACAACUCCAUCACCAGCUAGCCAUAAACCACAAGUUCUUAAUGACUUCUUGCGAAUGAAGGAAAGCCGGGAGUAUACCGAGGAAACGGAUACGCAAAGAAACGUAUCGAGGCCAGUAGAUCGAGUGUCCAGCGUCCGAAAGCAGAUCCAUCUGAGAAAGCAGUCGUCUCCGCAGCCUCCUCCUUUAUGCUCCAUUUGCCAGCACAAAACGCCUGUCUUCGGCAAGCCGCCCAGGAAAUUCACUUUCGCAGAGCUGCAACUUGCAACCGGUGGCUUUUCGGACGUGAACUUUCUCGCAGAAGGUGGAUACGGUUCAGUUUACAGGGGCAGGCUCCCUGAUGGCCAAGCCGUUGCUGUCAAACAGCAUAAGCUGGCUAGCACGCAGGGCGACAAAGAAUUCUGCGCGGAAGUCGAAGUUCUCAGCUGUGCUCAGCAGCGAAACUUGGUGAUGCUGAUCGGCUACUGCGCUGAAGACAAGAAGAGGCUGCUCGUUUACGAGUUCGUUUGCAAUGGCUCGCUGGAUUCGCACCUGUAUGGCAGGCGGUCUAAAACAGUGACUCUGGAAUGGCCGGCUCGCCAGAAAAUCGCGCUAGGUGCCGCGCGAGCUUUGAGGUACUUACAUGAAGAGUGCCGAGUGGGAUGUAUUGUUCAUCGUGACGUGCGACCAAACAACAUUCUGUUAACCCACGACUUCGAGCCAAUGGUGGGAGAUUUUGGACUUGCAAGAUGGCAACCCAAUGGAGAACUCGGAGUAGAGACAAGAGUCAUUGGCGCUUUCGGGUACUUGGCACCUGAGUAUACUCAAACAGGACAAAUCACAGAGAAAGCCGAUGUUUACUCUUUUGGCAUCGUGCUCCUGGAGCUUGUAAGUGGUCGGAAGGCUGUGGAUUUAUCUCGCAACAAAGGAGAGAUGUGCUUGUCGGAAUGGGCACGACCAUUUCUUCGAGAGCAGAAGUAUGAGAAACUGAUUGAUCAGCGGCUUCGGGGAAGAUUUUGUGUAAACGAGGUGGAAAACAUGCUCCUUGCGGCCACUCUUUGCAUUGACCCCGAUCCUUUGAUUCGUCCUCGAAUGUCUCAGGUGCUUCGUCUUUUGGAAGGAGACUCGCUCUCAGACACAAGCUUAAGCUCUAGCAGCAGUGGACUUCUCAAUGGUUCUCCAGUUAGUAUUCUAUUGAUAGGAGAUCUCUCCCAAGACAGUAGCAGCAGUAGGAGCAGCAGUGCUUCAAGCGUACUAAAGAGUUUCAGCAGAACUCAACACAGCAGCCGAUCAAGCUCCAACGCAGGGAGCCCUUUGAACCCUGCUGCCACUCAAGCUCUGGCUUUUAAGAAGUAUAACAAAAAUACAACACGGCACACACAAGACUAAUCUUAUGUUUAUACAAGACAAUUACAACACAGGAGAACGAGCCUUUCAAGUUCCGGAAGCGUUACUCCAACGAGCUAAUUACGAGGAACCGGGGAUGGAAUCAAAGAGGCCGAGGAGUUCC